GCGAAGAAGAAGAAGCUAAGCUCCGCCCAGUUGUUUGCUAGUUUAGCGUGUCGGGAAGCAAGUCUGCUUGUUAUCUUCCUGAGUCAGCCUAACGUCCGCUCAUCUUCGUCUUUUUUGGGCUCCCGCAGCCUCCAGCAUGGCGUACCAGCUGUACAGGAACACCACGCUGGGAAACAGCCUUCAGGAGAGCCUGGACGAGCUCAUCCAGACCCAGCAGAUCACCCCCCAGCUCGCCCUGCAGGUCCUGCUCCAGUUCGACAAAGCCAUCAACACGGCGCUCGCCAACAGAGUCCGUAACAGAGUCAACUUCAAGGGUUCUUUGAACACGUAUCGCUUCUGCGACAACGUCUGGACGUUUGUCCUGAACGACGUGGAGUUCCGAGAGGUCACCGAUCUGGUCAAGGUGGACAAGGUCAAGAUCGUGGCGUGCGACGGCAAGAAUUCCGGCUCCAACGCCGCCGAGUGACCACGCCCACCGCCACCAAGUGUACAUAUGUGUAUAAUUUAUUCACGCUCCCCUGCAGUGUCCGAGUGUGCACGUGAGCGCACGUGUCACAGCUUGCAGCAGUUUAUUUUAUUCUUUUUUUUUUUUUUUUACGUUUGCAAAAACUUGAAUAAAAAUUGACAAAUGGA